AUGCCUGACCUCUUUGCUGUUCCAGUAUUCUUCGUGAUAUUCCGAGAAACCAUUGAAGCCGGAAUAAUAAUUUCCGUGCUCCUCGCCUUCCUCAAGCAGUCCUUCAACGGCCCCGAACAUGAUCCGAAGAUCUACAAACGCCUCGUAUGGCAGGUCUGGUUAGGUUCUCUCGCCGGGCUCCUAAUCUGUAUGAUAAUCGGUGGAGGCUUCCUGGGUGCCUUUUACACCCUCGGAAAAGACAUUUGGGGCACCAGUGAGGAUCUCUGGGAAGGAAUCUUCUGUCUUAUCGCGUCCAUUAUCAUCACCAUAAUGGGUGCUGCCAUCCUCCGCCUCUCGAAGCUGCAGGCCAAAUGGUCCACAAAGCUCACCGCAACCCUUGGUUCCAAGCCCAAGAACAUGGGCGGUUUUACAAAGAAGUACGCCAUGGCGAUUCUACCCUUCAUCACAGUUUUGCGGGAGGGGCUCGAGGCCGUUGUGUUUGUUGGUGGCGUCUCAAUCUCUUCGCCGGCCAGCGCAUUCCCUCUCCCUGUAAUCACAGGACUGAUCGCAGGCGGGAUAAUCGGAUGGAUUAUAUAUAAGGGUGGAAAUACUGUGAAGGUGCAAAUGUUCCUCGUGGCGAGUACGGCUGUGCUGUACCUAGUCGCUGCAGGCCUGUUUUCGAGAGCUGUGUGGGACUUUGAGAUGUGGCAGUAUGGUAGAUUGGUGGGUGGGGAUGUUGCGGAGACGGGAACGGGUCCUGGGAGCUAUGAUAUUAGGAAAAGCGUGUGGCAUGUUAACUGCUGCAGCCCGACUUUUAAUCAAGGAGGCGGAUGGGGUAUUUUUAACGCUAUUCUCGGAUGGCAGAACUCGGCAACAUAUGGUUCAGUCCUUGCCUAUAACAUCUAUUGGAUUGUAGUGUCAGCUGGAUUUGUUGUAAUGUGGUUUAAGGAAAAGAAGGGAAGGUACCCGUUUUGCAAACGGUCAGAGAAUGUUGGGUCGACUGGGGAUUCAGCAGAGAUUGUAGAGGUGAGGGCUGAUGAAAAGGUGGGAAACAGUCCUAUGCAGGUUUGA